CCACCGUCCAACCGUCUCUCCCUACUGUCCCGAGAGAACUCGGCAGCAUCGAGAGACCUAGCAGAGGCAGUAGAGCGAGGAGGAAUCACGUCCCUCCCUUCGGCCAUUCUAUAUUUACGAUUUUUACGGAGCGUGCGUUUCUUACACAAUUAUCCUCGAACGAUUGCUCUUCCACAGGCCGUCCGAAAAAGCGACAGGACAUGACGAGCCCGGUCAUAAUCUCAGCCACGGCCAAGCACACGGCGACGUUGAUAUUUUUCCACGGAUUGGGUGACACAGGACAUGGAUGGGCAAGUUCCAUGGCUGCUGUACGAUCCCCUCACAUCAAAGUCAUUUGUCCUACUGCGCCUACAAUGCCGGUGACGCUCAACACAGGGUUCAGAAUGCCUUCCUGGUUCGACUUGCUGUCCUUGGACUCGACUGGCCCCGAGGAUGAGGAGGGUAUACGCAAAGCUGCCGAUAUGGUUCACUCGUUGAUAGCGGAGGAAGUCGCCGCCGGGAUAUCCACGAAACGCAUCGUUCUCGGGGGAUUCAGUCAAGGUGGUGCACUAGCUAUGUUCAGCGCUCUCACAUUCCCAGAGCCUCUAGCCGGUAUCAUAGCCCUGUCCUCGUGGCUUCCUUUACACAAAAAGUUUCCGGCGGAGGCGAUAGGUAACAAGAGCACUCCGCUGUUGCAAGGUCACGGCGACUGCGAUCCCAUGGUGCCAUACAGAUGGGGCCAGAUGACGGCCUCUCUCCUGAAACAGUUUAUGACGCAGACGGAAUUUAAAACCUACAGAGGAAUGAUGCAUACGUCCUGCGAGGAGGAAAUGCGCGACGUCAAGAAGUUCAUCGAGAAGGUUCUCAAGCCGUAAUAGAUCGACUCGAGUACACGUUCAGACUUUAAUGGCUACUCUGAGUAUCUGUAGUACCACAUUACAUUCGAUUCCGAUUACUUUAAGAUUAAUAAUUUAACCGAGUUGCGCGAAUUCGAAUAAAGAAAAACGUCGGUCAACGACGGAUAAAUAUCGUGGAAAAAUUGAGAAAUACACUCAGUGCUGCGUAGAAAGGAGACAUACUUUUUAGAUAAAUAUACUUGUUUAUAUUUAUAGUUUCUCUCUCUCUCUUUCUCUCUUUAUACACACACACAUACGCGUGAUAUGUGUUAUACUUGCGUGUGCGUGCGCGUAUGAUUUGAAUUUAAAUAUUUCAUUAUAUACCAAAGCGUUCGUGUAGCAAUACUACGAGUUAAUCAGGUGGCUCUCGAGAUGUGUCCUUUUAGUAUGCAUCUAUAUAUAUAUUUAUUGGUGCAUUCCUGAUUCUUUCAUACUUGUGACGUAGCAGUUGAGACAAAAGUAUUAUUUAUAUCCACUCGCAUCGAUACAGCGAUACGUAUUAAAGCGUGAUAAACGAUAAGAAUGCUCCAUGUUUUGUUCAAUCUUAUAGUUUUCCGGCUUGUAACAGUACUUUGCAUGUAAUCGCGCUAGAUUUAAGAUUGAGUUACGCCAGUAUUACCGCGAGGAGCUUUUCUCUCAUCGACGAAAUUUGCACUCCUUCGCACAUGCUUCUGUCGUCAUGUCUGAUGAAUUAUGUAUCUGAUUUGAACGCGAACAAAAUAUACGUCCACGAGAUACUUUAGUGAUUCGCGCGAUUUCGUGAGCAGCUCGCCAUGUUUUAGCAUUUAAAUAUCCGUUAUAUGCGAAUUUAAUCCUGCGACAUGAUGCAAAGAAACACUGCUGCUGCUGCUGCUGCUGCUGUCGCCGCCGCCGCCGCCGCUGCUGCUGCCUGCUGUUACUACAAUUAUUACUAGUAUUACUACCUACCACUACUAAUACACUACUUAUACUACUAUUACUAACAAAUAAUUUUUGUAGCGGGUAUUGUCUAGGAGACAAUGACGUGGCUAUGUAAUCUGUGAUUACGCAUCGUCGAAACUCGUCAUAUUGCCAUUUGUAAUCCAGCGUAAUGUAAAUCCAGGAUUUCCUAAACUUGCACGUACGCAUAUUAACCGAUUACGAUCAGACGUGGAUGCUCUGAAAGAGUUUCACAGCUUUCUACUAUUAUUAUUUUCGAGGAAUACGUUUGCCCGAUCUUCAUAUCUGCUUUGAUAUUUCUGGUUAUUUCGAAGCGAUAAGAAAAUACGCAAGUCACUCAGAAAAUAAAUGACAAGCCGGUCGUUAUGAUAAAGAAAUAAGGAAUAAGGCGAUAAGGAAAUGCACAAGUCAUUCAGAAAAUAAAUGACAAACCGGUCGUUAUGAAUUUCGAGUUUGGGAAAUCCUAUGACGUUCAUUAUGAUACAGAAACUAUGUAGGCACGAUAUUAGAAUAUUAAAGAAGUGUAUAAAAUUACAUUAAUGUAUAUAGGACAAGUGACACGACGCUCGGUUGAUUUGAUUAUCGGUACCAGCGUGCUCCGCAGCACGAACAAUUACAUAGUAGACGAGAGAGUAAACGAAGAACAAUAAGCUCCAGAUAUUUUUCACGGAUUUUUCUCGACGCGAGUACACAUUGCUACUAGUGAAAAAAAGGGAUAUUAGUAUGUAAGUUAUGUAAUGUUUCAUCCAUAUGAAUAAAACGUACAAGUACAAAG